AUGUAUCCCCAUUCAUCUCGUCGUGGUAGUCACUCAUUUUUGGCAACUGGAGAUUCUUUUCAAACCAUCUCUUUUAGUUACCGUUUGGGACAUUCAACUGUCCAAUCAAUUGUUUUAGAAGUUUGUACUGCUAUUAUAUCUAACUUAAAAGAAGAAUGCAUGCCAAUGCCGAAAGAAGAUGAUUGGAAAACCAUAUCUAAUGAGUUUUGGGAAAUAUGGAACUUCCCCAAUUGCAUUGGUGCAUUGGAUGGUAAACAUGUUGUCAUUGAAGCUCCACCAAAUAGUGGUUCACUUUAUUUUAAUUACAAGAAAACAUUUUCGAUCAUUUUAAUGGCUUUGGUUGAUGCGAAAUAUAAAUUUAUUGCGGUGGAUAUUGGGGCUUAUGGGAAAAGUAAUGAUGGUGGAAUUUUUUCCAGUUCAAAAAUGGGUAAAGCGUUUGAAAAAAAUAAAUUUAAUGUACCUGAUGGCCGAGCUCUGUCAGGAACAAAUGAAGUUUUACCAUACGCAAUGAUAGGAGAUGAGGCUUUUCCUUUAAAAAGUUAUAUUUUAAGACCAUACCCCGGCAUACAAAUUCACCGAGAUGAAACCAAAAAAAUAUUCAACGAGCGACUAUCACGUGCGAGAAAAGUUGUAGAGGAUGCAUUUGGUCAGCUGUCACAAAAAUUUCGUGUAUAUCAAAGACGCUUAAAAUCAUUACCGGAAAAUGCGGAUAAGAUAAUUUUCACUACCUGUAUUUUACAUAACUUUAUAAAAAGUGAUAAUGAUAAUCAAUUUGCAUCAUCAGUGUCCGAAUAA